AGAUUUUAAAAGAGAGACGGAGUCAGACAGUUUGACAGUCACUCACUGAGCUUUGCAUCGCGUGCGCACAGACACAACUUAUCCGCUGCGCGUCAGGACUGCAGUCGUUCGCGCCACUCUCCCAUCCGUUCCCAUGUUUAGGAUGCUACAAACACCACAGCUCCGUCAAGGCGUGAUUGCACUUUUCAUGUGGUUCACUCACUUUAUGGAGGACUACAAAGUCCAGGCGGGUAACUGCUGGUUGCAGCAGGGAAAGAACGGCCGGUGCCAGGUGCUCUACAUGUCCGGGAUGACCCGAGAGGACUGCUGCCGGAGUGGCCGUCUGGGCACCGCAUGGACCGAGGAAGAUGUGCCCAACAGCACGCUGUUCCGAUGGAUGAUCUUCAAUGGAGGCGCGCCUAAUUGCAUACCUUGUAAAGAAACAUGCGAUAGCGUUGACUGCGGUCCUGGGAAGAGAUGCAAGAUGAACAAGAGGAACAAGCCCAGGUGUGUGUGUGCUCCAGACUGCUCCAACAUCACAAGGAGGGGGUCCAUCUGUGGGUCGGAUGGAAAAUCCUACAAGGAUGAGUGUACAAUGCUCAGGGCCCGCUGCAGGAACCAUCCUGACCUGGAGGUCCAGUACCACGGACGCUGCCGCAAGACGUGUCACGGAGUUCGCUGCCCUGGCUCUGCGUCGUGUGUCGUGGACCAGACCAACAAUGCCUACUGUGUGGCCUGUAAUCACCAGUGUCCAGAGGUGAAGUCACCUGACCAGUACCUGUGUGGCAACGACGGCGUUGUUUAUGCCAGCGCCUGUCAUCUGAGGAGAGCCACGUGCAUCCUGGGAAGGUCCAUCGGCGUGGCGUACGAAGGGAAAUGCCUUGACGCCCGGUCAUGUGGCGACAUCGUGUGUCGGGGAGCGAAAAGGUGUCUGUGGGAUGAAGCGAGUGGCCGCGGACGCUGCUCUGUGUGUGACGAGCCAUGUCCGGAGAGUCGCCCGGGUGAGAGUGUGUGCUCCAGCGACAACAACACCUACCCCAGCGAGUGUUCCAUGAGGCAGGCCGCAUGCGCUCAGCAGCGUCACCUGGAGGUCAAACACUCAGGAUCCUGCAACUGUUUAAACCAGGUUUAAACCAUCACCCCACUGCCCAGCCCAGCCCCCCUCUCAGCCUCCAGCCUCUCUCAUAACCACAAUCACUUUUCUUUAUGUCCCGUACUCUGGUCCAUGGAAGAAGAGAAGCAGACUGUCAGUGAAUCAAGUCAAGGAAAAUUUGAUUCAUGUUGCAGUUGGAUUCUGUGCUGUUGUGAGGGUCAAUGGGGCGGUGAUUAGAGCAUUGGACUAGUAGUUAGUUAGAGCGUUAGUAGUGGUUAGAGCGUUGGACUAGUAACUGAAAGGUUGCAAGAUCGAAUCCCCGAGCUGACAAGGUAAAAAUCUGUCGUUCUGCCCCUGAACAAGGCAGUUAACCCACUGUUCGUAGGCCGUCAUUGAAAAUAAGAAUUUGUUCUUAACUGACUUUCCUAGUAAGAUGAAAUAAAAUAAAUACAAAAUGAUGCUUCAUUUUGCUGUGAGAUUCUGUGCUGUUGUUAGGGUCAAUGAUGCUUAAUGUUGCAGUGAGAUUCUGUGCUGUUGUUAGGGUCAAUGAUCCUUAAUGUUGCAGUGAGAUUCUGUGCUGUUGUUAGGGUCAAUGAUGCUUAAUGUUGCAGUGAGAUUCUGUGCUGUUGUUAAGGUCAAUGAUGCUUAAUGUUGCAGUGAGAUUCUGUGCUGUUGUUAGGGUCAAUGAUGCUUAAUGUUGCAGUGAGAUUCUGUGCUGUUGUUAGGGUCAAUGAUGCUUAAUGUUGCAGUGAGAUUCUGUGCUGUUGUUAGGGUCAAUGAUGCUUAAUGUUGCAGUGAGAUGCUGUGCUGUUGUUAGGGUCAAUGAUGCUUAAUGUUGCAGUGAGAUUCUGUGCUGUUGUUAGGGUCAAUGAUGCUUAAUGUUGCAGUGAGAUUUCGUGCUGUUCUUAGGGUCAAUGAUGCUUAAUGUUGCAGUGAGAUUCUGUGCUGUUCUUAGGGUCAAUGAUGCUUAAUGUUGCAGUGAGAUUCUGUGCUGUUGUUAGGGUCAAUGAUGCUUAAUGUUGCAGUGAGAUUCUGUGCUGUUGUUAGGGUCAAUGAUGCAACUGCUAGUAGACUAUUUGUUCUUCCAUAUAUCCGUCAUCAGACAGGGAAGCUUGAGGAAGAGGGGAAGGAAGAAGAGGAGAAAGAAGAGCAGGAAUACUAGGAUUUUCUUCAUCAAUAUGUCCUGGAAUACAGCCUGGAUGAUAAACCUUAUAAUAGCUGAAUAGUGUUUCAGUUCAGCCACAGAAUACUGUUCAUAUUGUAUAUAAAGUGUAUGCUUAUUUAUUGUCCAUGGAAGAGAAAUAAGCCAGGGUCUCCCGAACUCGGUCCUCGGGACCCCAAGGGGUGCACGUUUUGGUUUUUGUCCUAGUACUACACAGCUGAUUCAAAUAAUCAACUAAUCAUCAAGCUUUGGUCGUUUGAAUUGACUGUGUAUUGUUAGCGCAAAACCAAAACAUGCAGCCCUUUAGGUGCCCAGGACCGAGUUUGAGAAACCCUGGCUGAACUAAGCAAUCGUACAUUUGAAAUCUUGUAGGUGUUGUUUACUUGUAUGUAUUUAUAUAUUUUGUUUAUUAUUUAUACAUUAACAGUGUCCGUCUGUCUUACUGUAUACCUAAUGUCUCUUGCAUUUUAUCCAAAGAGAAAAUGUAUUAUUUAUUUGAGGUGCAAUACUACCCACAUUGAUGUUCUUGUUCUGUAAACUCCUGCAAUGCAUUCUCUGAGCUGUACACAUCUGCUUAUUGUGGGCAAGAUUUGGAUUUACCCCUUCUUCCUACAUUGUGAAAUGUUGGCUAGCGUGUUUAGUGUGUUCCAGUUUAUUUUAUGGAGAACUUGUUGCUCACCAAUGUAUAUACCCUAGUGAGAGAAAGGUUUUGUUGACCCAAAGCUGACCUAAAUGGCUUUGUCUAGUCUUUUGUUGAACCAGAGUUACCCGUCCUAGUCCCACUACAGUGCAUAGCGAUACUUUUAACGAGUCACUAUGGUCUCUCUCCCUUCAGAAAAUGACUAGCUUUGUUUAUUAAGGGGAGCAGGAUGGAUGCCACUAAAACAAUGUACAGUUGAUGUCGGAAGUUUACAUACACUUAGGUUGGAGUCAUUAAAACUUGUUAUUCAACCUUC